AACCGGCAGGGAUGAGCACGACUUUGCACGUGGCGUACCCGCACUUGAUCCAAUACCUUGCCCGGUGUGUGCCAUGGAAAGGAGUUGAUAUCCCCGUUCUUUUUCAGCACGGACUUGUCAACCGCAUAGAUGUUGGCACAAGCGGUCUGGUACUUGUCACGGAUACGGGAAACUCACUGGUAGCGACGCGGCGUGCCAGUGUCGUAGACCGGCGCGUUGAGAAGAUAUACCGGGCCCUUGUGCUGUAUUGUCCCCCGCCCGAGUCGCGGGCGGGUAGCGAGGAGUUUUGGUACCUCAAUCCCAAGGGCGCUAUUAAUUGGAAUGUGUUUGCCAAUGGCGCUGACUACUCACUGCAGCUUGCGGCCCAGGAUCCUGAGAGAAAAAGAGGGCUACCACCGGCAUUCAUGGACCGGCGUCCAGCAACAACGAUGUACCGUGUUCUGAACUAUUAUCCCUCCAGUGGUGUAUAUUAUUUGGAGGUGCAGCUUCGCAGCGGGCGCCGACAUCAGAUCCGUCAGCAUUUCGCACAGAUUUGUCAUCCGCUGGUUGGCGAUGGCCGUUAUCACGAGCGGGCAAGGUCAAUGGGUGAGCAGAUGGGUCUCUAUCGACCUGCUCUACAUGCGUCCCGGAUAACUCUCCUACCGUCUUCCCUAGAUUCUGCGACGGAUGCAAUCGAUGUUGCGUCGUAUACCAGGAAGGAGGACUCGGAAAAGACUGUUGUAGAGUGCCCGUUGCCAGACGAUAUUCGACGUGCACUACGUUGGCUGCAGGAGAAAGAGGAAAGGGGAAAGGGCACGGAUCACGUCUAA